AUGGAAGGCGUUCAACUAAACGAUGAGCUCGCGCAGGAUCGUGUGCGCGCAGCUGUCGAAUUUCUCGAUCCAAAUGAUGCACGGGCGCGCAGCUACCGAGCAGACAUUGUGGUGAUGUUGAAUCGAGGCUUGCGUCGCUUGACAGUCAGCAUCGACGAAAUUCGAGCACACAGCCAGGAACUUGCUGAAGGACUUCUCACCUCCCCAUUCGAAUACUCAGAAGCUUUUGACCGAGCACUGAAAGAUGUCGUGAAGACCAUGCCCCAAAGGCCAGCCAAGGAGACUGCAGACGAGGUGAACUACUACUGCGCAUACGUUGGAGCGUUCGGAGAAUUUUCCUGUAAUCCCCGCACAUUGGGAUCCAUCCACUUGAACCGUAUGGUAUCUCUCGAGGGAAUUGUCACAAAAUGCUCUUUGGUCCGACCAAAGGUUAUCCAGAGUGUGCACUACAGCGAGAAGAAAGAUCGUUUCUUAGCGAGAAAAUACAAGGACCAGACUAUGACCGCGAGUGGCGCUACGAGCUUGAACGUCUACCCCCAAGAAGAUGAGGACAAGAAUCCCCUUAUCACCGAAUACGGCUACUCGACCUAUAUGGACCACCAGUCCAUUUCGAUCCAAGAAAUGCCCGAGCGAGCCCCUGCGGGUCAGCUUCCCCGAAGCGUGGACGUUAUUCUGGACGAUGACUUGGUCGACAAGGCCAAGCCUGGCGACAGAAUACAGUUGGUCGGAACUUAUCGAACACUUGGAAACCGCAAUGCUGGAAGCAGCUCGUCAACUUUCCGUACAAUUGUUAUGGCCAACAACAUUAUCCAGCUUUCGUCUAAAUCCGGAGGAGGUAUUGCGCAGGCUACGAUCACCGAUACUGAUAUCCGAAACAUCAAUAAAAUCUCGAAGAAGAAGAACGUCUUUGAGCUGUUGUCAAAGUCUUUGGCACCUAGUAUUCACGGACACGAUUACAUCAAGAAAGCUAUUUUGCUGAUGCUGCUCGGUGGUAUGGAGAAGAACUUGGAUAACGGAACUCACUUGCGUGGUGAUAUCAACAUCCUGAUGGUUGGUGAUCCUUCAACAGCCAAGUCUCAACUUCUCCGUUUCGUGUUGAACACUGCCCCGUUGGCUAUCGCCACGACUGGUCGUGGUUCCUCCGGAGUCGGUUUGACCGCCGCUGUCACUUCCGAUAAGGAGACUGGCGAACGCCGAUUGGAGGCUGGUGCUAUGGUUCUGGGUGACCGUGGUGUGGUCUGUAUUGAUGAGUUUGAUAAGAUGAGUGAUGUCGAUCGUGUUGCUAUUCACGAAGUCAUGGAACAGCAGACUGUAACCAUCGCCAAGGCCGGUAUCCAUACCAGUCUAAAUGCUCGAUGCAGUGUUCUGGCAGCUGCUAACCCUGUCUUUGGUCAAUAUGACCCCCACAAAGAUCCCCACAAGAACAUUGCUUUGCCAGACUCCCUGCUUUCUCGUUUCGAUUUGCUGUUCGUGGUGACAGAUGAUAUUGAAGACGCCAAGGACCGCACAAUCUCUGAGCAUGUGCUGCGCAUGCACAGAUACCGCCAGCCUGGAACUGAAGAAGGUGCUCCUGUCCGCGAGCAACUUAACCAGACUCUGGGCGUUGGUAUCGAGGACCGUGGAGAUGCUAAUCAACCAACAGAGGUCUUUGAAAAAUUCAAUGUCAUGCUUCACGGUGGCAUGAUCCCAACUGGUCGCAACCGCAACAAGAACGUGGAAAUCAUCAGCAUUCCAUUCAUUAAGAAAUAUAUUCAGUACGCCAAGUCCCGAGUCAAGCCUGUGCUGACCAAGGGUGCUGCCGACCACAUCAUUGCCGCAUACUCUGCCCUGCGAAAUGAGGACAUCUCCGGCAACAAACGUCGUACCUCCCCCAUCACCCCCCGUACUCUUGAAACUUUGAUUCGUUUGUCCACAGCUCAUGCCAAGGCUCGUCUCUCCAACCGUGUUGACGACAAGGAUGCUAAGCACGCCGAAGCUAUUCUGCGCUUUGCUAUGUUCAAGGAGUUGCAAGAAGACGGCCGGCGCAAGCGUCGCAAGGUCCAGACAUUUGACGAGGAUAGUUCAGAUGAGGAUAGCGACCCCGAACUUGAUGAUGACGAUGACGAUGACACACCCUUCCGAGGCCAAGCAUCCACCACACCAGGACGUUCUAAUACACGAACCCGUGGUGCCGCCAGCACUGGUGCAACAACAGAAGACUCAAGCGUUUUCACAGCUAGUCCACGUGCCUCGCGCACUACUCGCACUAGCCAAAACACGCGCACCCAGGGAACUGAAUCCCAGAUGUCUGUUGCAUCUUCCCAACCUGCCUCACAGCUUGUGGAGUCCCAGACCGACAACUCACAGUCCACAUCGGCAUCAGCCGCUCCCAUCACUCCUGCCCGUUAUGCAGUCUUCCGACAGAUCCUGGGUCCUCUCAUGGGUAACCGUGUUUUCGGCGACGAAGACAUGACCCAUGUUGAUGUCCUCAUCAAGGAGGUUAACGAUGCCAUUCAGAAGUCUCCCAGCCAUGGUGUUGCACAUGUAUUCCCCAAGGUGGAGGCUUUCCAGGCCCUGACGAAGAUGAACGACGAGAAUCUCCUGAUGUUCCUCGAGGAAGAGGAGAAUGUCUUCCGUAUCUAA